AUGAUUGUGCCCCAAUAUUUUCAUAUUCAACAAUUGACAUUUGCCGGUGUUGGCAUUAAUCCCAUGGUGACAGAUCCUAACCAAGUGGUAAAACGCCCAAUACUGUGCUAUGGUCUCUUAAUGAGUACUUUUUUCCACUUGAUCAUUAUUGUACAUUAUAUAUGGUCUCAUAUAAAGGAAUAUGACGAGGUAACCGAUUCAAUGCCGCUGAUGUGUCAAGCGAUUUUAUCAAUUUGGAAAAUGAGCAUAUUUCUGAGUAAACGCAAGGAUAUUGUGAAAUUAAUAAAUGAACUGCAUCAACUGAAUUUAAAGGCCAAAAAUGAGGAAUUGUCCAUGGUGCGCCGGGAAAAUUCCAAUGAUAUAUUUGUUUCUAAUAUUUACUUUAAAAUCGUAUUGGUUACUGGAACCUUUGCCUUUACACAUCCAGUUGUAUAUGGUGUAUAUGUUUAUAUCACAAGUGGCAAAUUGGUGUUGGUUGAGGCGAAUAAAGCCACCUAUUUUUGGAAUUACUCUCAUAUUGGCGGCUAUUCAAUAGUAUUCCUAUUGAACUUUUUAACCAGCUACUAUGUAUGUGAUGUAUCUUUGGCCAUAGAUACCUUGUUCACUUGGUUCGUGAGAAAUAUUUUGGCACAAUUUCAAAUUUUAAUUUAUCGUUUUCAACAAAUUGCAAUAGAAUGUAAUAAUGAUGCAGUACAAGGUACUGGACUAGACUCUAGCCAAUAUCGACAUCCUAAAAAACACUUCACAACCAUUAUACAAUGUAUACAAUACCAUCGUCAAACCUUGGAAUUGGCUGAAAGAUUAAAUCAAGUUUAUGGCGAAAUAAUUUUCAUAAAAUUCAUUAUUGUCUGCUCGGAGAUCUGCAGUCUGGUUUUCAGUGUAAGUCGUCCAAAUUAUUCCUUGUUUGAUGCCGUUUACAAGGCUAUGUUUUUGUGUGCCGUGACUUUACAACUGAGUUUGUAUUGCUACAAUGGUCAGAGGAUUAAAGAUGAGAGCAUGCAAGUAUCAACUGAAAUUUAUACGGCCUUCGAUUGGUCUCAUUUGGGUAAAUCGUAUAAAAAAAUGCUAUUGCUGCCCUUGUUGAGGGCCCAGAAGUCCAGCCAGUUGAAGGGUGUGUUCUUUGAGGUCGAUUUGAGUCUAUAUUUAUGGGUGUUAAAAACUGCUGGCUCUUUGCUAACAGCUUUAAAAACUUUAGAAGAAAAACAGGAUUAA